GCUGGCGCGUUGGAGAAGGAGGCCCAGGAGGAAGCUUGGAAUGGCGACGGCGACGACGACGACGAGGAGACGACCAAUGAAACAGCGACGGAUGAAAGAGCCUCGUCCACACGCCGAUCGGGUCGGCGGAUUUCGACGAAGCCAUGCUGGAAUGGAGCUCCGAGGGCAUGGCAAGUACGCGCCGCGCUGACGGCACGCUGCGGUGCGCGACCACACACCUCACAGUUUUCGGGGCCAUACUGAAGGGCUUCGUGAGCUCGCUCGAGUGUAGCCAGGCCAGCCUGCUGUCAGCAGAGUCCUACGUGGAGUUGUGGACUGGCGGCUGGUUGGACUCCGCGGGCUCGGUGUUGCUGCAGUGUGUGAUGUUGUUGUACAUCGCCAUGCUGUUGACCGCGCACGCGUGCGACGUCAGGGACGAGCGGGCGGGCCGCUGGGGCACGAGGGAGUUCGUCGUUCCCGAGCUCGCGCGGGAACCCGUCGCCUGCCCGACGACGCGGGCGGACGGAUACCACACCGAGACGACGGGCGCGCCCCCGGUGACCCUGCUCGGUGCCGAGCGCGCAAACGUCACGGAGGUUCUGCGCAAGCAUUUCUGUUUGGAAAGUUCGAGCUGCAGCGCCGUGGGUGCCGAGGACCGCGCCGCGGCGGGCGCGCCUCGGACAGUUCCGCGCGGCGCCGAUCACACGCCCGUUACGGAGGCGUUGCGCAAGGAGUUCUGCAAGAAAAGGUCAGACGGCAGCGUCGCGAGCAGACAGAGCAGUCAAUGCCACGCGGUGGCAGCUACAUCGUCAAGGGCCAGCUAUACAACCGCCGUGGGGUCGUUGCAGUCUGCCCGCCAGGCGGUCCAGCAGGACACAAAGGCGUCUUGCGAGGAGCUGUUGCAGGGCGCGCUCUUGGAAGUCGUCAGCAUCGUCACCAAGUGCGUCGACGGCAUCCGGCAAACCGUCGAGGUGUUUGUCAGUUUCGUGUGGGAACUUCUCAGGGGCAACUUCGGCCUCAAGGAUCUGGCCAAAACGCUGGCCGAGUGGAACGCGACGAAUCGGGUGUGCGCGUCUCUGCUCAUGCACCCCAGAGAUGUGGACUUCCUGCUCAGCCCAGAGGUCCAGAAGGAGCUGGAGCCCCCGGCGCCGGGCGAGCUGGACAGUGAGGGCGCUGCGCUGCGCACCCUCGCUGGCUCCGCUGCCGAGGGCGGCGUCGCCGAGGCCAAACGGCGGCACGACAUGCUGGCCGAGAUGGUCGGCAGGGUGCGGGCGGCCCGUGAGAGCGCGCUGCGGCGUCGCCGCUCGCGGUGCCACGCGGCUCGCACGUUGAUGCUAUCGUUCCUGAUCAACUGUCCCGUCGGGGCGGUCUUUGUGCGAAGCAUCAUCAUGAGGAGAUCCAUGAGGGUACUGCUGCUCGGCUGCGAGCUGACGGGGGCCGUGAUGAUCGCUACGUUCUUCUUCGCGAGUACGGGGGGGGCUCUGGCGAAGGACUCGCCCGAGGAGUGCAACGCGGAGUGUGACGACCGUGACGACGAUUGCAUGUGGCAGGCGCUUGGAAAGUUGAUCGCAGUCGGUAUGGUCUCUGCGCUCUUGGCGAGCAUCCCUCUAUCCAUCAUCAAACUGGCGCACCAGCGUCACUUCGUGCGAGUUCCAACGGAGGGAUGUCGAGAGUGGGAGCUGCAGCUAGGGAGGUGGCGCAGGCGGGACGCCCUCGUCUACGUGCUGGGCACGCUGUACAGCCUCUUCGCCAUAAACUACGUCGCCCUCUUCUUCGCAAACGUCUCCUCCAAUGACCACCUGGAUCUGAUCAGCUCUGCUGGCGUCUCCUUCGCGCAGGGGCACCUCCUCUUCCCACUGCUGUGGGCUUUCGUGGUAACCAGCCUGGCACUGUGCGUGUGAGGGUGGGCGCGGCGAAGGAUGCGCGGAGGCAAGGACGGGCUCCUAGGGUUGCUGGCGCGGGAAUUCCCACAAUCGGACUCAGCUGACCUCGGGCUCGGGCCCUCCCGCGACGGCGCGAGCCGGCGUCCGAGUUCAGUUGGCCGAACUCGCACCCGGCGGCUCUGGCACUCUCCCUCGGCUUGGCCUCCUCCGCAGGCUGGAAGACUUGCGCCUGGCCGACCUCGCGCCUGGCCGAACUCGCACCAGGCCGAACUCGCGCCGGGCCAAGCUCGAGCCCGGCCGAACCCGCCCUAGGCGCGCUCGUGAGGCGGCCGUUUUUAUCGUCGGGCGGGGAACGCGCAAGCCAUGACGCAACCAAUACAAACGACGUUGGCAGGUGCAUGCGCAUGCGUCGGGGGGCUACGCCCGACACGUGUUUGCUGUCUGGCUUGGCGGCGGGGCAUACCCGGCGAGCUGUCUCGUGAUUUACUACAUAUGGUCGAAUGACAUUUUGUCUUCGCAGCAUAACUCUUUUGACCGAUGGCCACAUGGCCUCCUCCACUUCCUCUUCCAGCUUCCUACUCC